AAAUAUGAAUUCAUCACCUAGGACAGUCACUAUGGCAACAGUUCCGAAAAAACCACUGUUCAUAAAACUUCAGUUCCUCGGUGACAACAUCAGCGAAAUAAUAACAUAACGACUGAAGAAUGCAGUUAAAAGAGCUUAUUAUGCAGCAGAGGUACGCUGUCUCUUCACAACCACACCUAUCCUACGUUCGAGUAAUAAGGAUAAACUACCUAAAUUCGCCUCUUCUAUGUGUAUCUACCAGUUUGACUGCAGCUGCGGAGCCAGCUACAUCGGGCGAACAAUUAGGCAGGUUCAUCAUCGUAUUUCCGAACAUCAUCCGGCAUGGUUAAGCAAGGGACAAACAAGAUCUAUUCGUAGCUCUAUUUUAGCCCACCUUGUAGAUAGUGAGCAUAAGGUUGACGUUAAUACUGCAUUUAAAAUUAUUUAUCGCAUUCCUACUAAUCUUAAUUUUGCUUUACGAGUUCGUCUUCUACAUACAGCUGAAGCAAUAGGAAUCCACCUGAAGAAGCCAAACUUGUGUGUCCAGAAGAAAUUUGUACAGCCACUUUCCUUACCUUGGCCAUCGUUACAUGACUGUAUAAACCGGACUACUUCAUCCCCCUCCCCCUAAAAAAAAUUAAAAAAACAACUAUAAUUGUCCAAAUUAUUUUAUUUUUCUGACUACUUCAUCUUUAAUUACGUGUUAUCCUUGUAAAAAUUAUUUUAUUCUUAUGACCACUUCAACUUUAGUUACAAAUUGUCGUUGUCCAAGUUGUUUUAUUUUCUUUAACAAUCUGUUACGUAAUCAACCUGUGCAGACGCUUAUUCCUUAAUUGGUCUUCAUUUUUCCAAAAUUAUGCAUUAUGCAAUCCACGUGUUGUAACCAUUUCCACCUUUUAAUUAUAUAUAUUAGAGUAGAGCCAGAGAUAAGG